UACGCAUUUCUCUACUUUUUUUUCAAAAAAAUUACAGUAUUUUUAAUCUGUCAAGAGACACAAAAUAAAUUUAAUAUAAAUAUCCAAUAUAAUUUUUUUGUAAUAGAUAAGUAACCCAAAUAAUUCACUUUUCAAAAAAAAAAAGAGAGUAUAUAUCUUUUCAAAGGUGCUGCCUGAUUGCUUCAUUCUCCCUCCUUAAUUAGCUUUUUGCUCUUUCGAAAAGGAAGAGGAAUUUUCGCUUCCAAUGGCUCUGCCAGGGGAAGAGCCUGAGUUUAUGAACCUAAGAGAGUGGGAUCGAAGAGCUCGGUUCAUCCGCGAAAACCCGACUUCCAGAAGGUUCUCUGCUUCAUAUGUUGGCAGCUUUCGAGAAGAUUGUCACAAGUCUUCUUCAAGAACAAACGUAAACAACAUCUCAAGCACUGCCUCAUCUCCUGGCUACACUCUCAAAGAAGAGAUUGAUCCAUCAACAUAUUCAUUCACUAAUGCACUCAAGGCGUUACAAGCAAAGACAAUGUAUAAUAAGAUAGAAUGGUUAACACAAGAAGGGUUUGCUUUGAAUUCAAAGUGGAACGAAGCAGAGAAAUAUAUAUGCAAUCCAUUGUCUGGAGAAGUUCCAAUGGAGUGUUUGUCUUCUAAAACAUUACGUGCAAGAUCUUUCAGAAACUUGACCACCAUGUCUGCUCCUCUUCACUACCCUAAGCCCAAUCCAUUGACGAAGAUUGAUCAAAAUAAAACCAAUAAUAAUAAUCAUAACGUCAGAGUCAUUCACGAGGAUCUUUAUGUUCUUGAUCCUGUUCUUGUUCGAGCUGAAGAGAAAGUUGUGGGGCUGAAACUAGAUGUGGGCAUUAAGAGUACCUCGGUGGAUAGUAGCUCCGGUAGCCCUAGUCCGGCAGAGACGCCUCCGAUCAUGGAACGGUCGCUGAAAAGAUAUGCGGAAGCUUAUGAUUCGCCGGUGGACUUCAAUCUCAAUAUGGAAGGUCAACCAGAGGAUUUAAAGUUGACAGAGGAUGAAAAGGAAGAAGAAAAGCACGAGAUGCCUAAAAAAGAAGAAGAAGAAGAAGAAGAAGAAAAAGAGAAGCAAGGGAUGAGUAAAAAAGAAGAAGAGAAGCAAGAGUUGAUAAAAGGAAAAGGAGAAAAAGAGCAAGAGACGAGUGAAGAAGGAGAAAAACAAAUGGAGAAAAAUAAGAAGAGAGGAAGUGGAUGCUUCCCAUGGAUGAGAUCAAGACAAGGACAAGCAAGAAAAUCAAAGUACAUUUUCCCGAUUUGUAUUCCUCAUCUUGUCAAAGGUUGUUAAAAAUCACCUUAAAACACACAAGAGAAUCAACAAAAAAAACAAGAAAGAAAUAAAAAAUGUUGACAAGA